AUUGAUCAGAAAAAAAGGUUCCCACUUUCUUCAUUGAUUAUUCGUUUAUUUCGAUUCUUCUCUGCAAGUUCGUGUGUAAUUUGGGAUCAAAAUGUCGUAUGAGGAAAACUUUCAGCAAAACUCUGAAGCUAAAUAUGAUUGUCUUUUAUUUGAUAUAGAUGAUACUCUUUACCCUCUCAGUUCUGGUUUGGCUAUGGAAGUGAAAAAGAACAUUCAAGAAUAUAUGGUUCAGAAACUUGGUGUUGAAGAAGAUAAAGUCCAAGAACUCUGCCUUUCGCUUUAUAAAAUCUAUGGAACUACUAUGGCUGGUCUCAAGGCUGUGGGUUAUGACUUUGAUUACGACGAUUUCCAUCGUUUUGUUCAUGGGAGAUUGCCAUACUCAACACUGAAGCCUGACCCAAUUCUGAGGAAUAUUAUUCUUAGCUUGCCUAUUCGGAAAGUUGUUUUCACGAAUGCAGACAAGGCUCAUGCAGCCAAGGUUAUUGCCAGGCUAGGCCUAGAGAACUGCUUUGAGAAAAUCAUAUCUUUCGAGACUCUGAACCCCAUCACCAAAACUGAAUCUCCUGUUGAUAUCAAAACCAGAGAAAUCUUCGACAUUACCAGUUACAUGGCAAAUCCUGACCCAAGCAUCGAACUGCCAAAGACUCCGGUUGUAUGCAAACCUUCUGAAGGAGCAUUCGAACAGGUUUUCAAGAUGGCCAACAUCAAUCCUAAGAAGACAUUGUUCUUUGAUGACAGCAUCCGCAACAUUCAAACUGGGAAACGUGUCGGUCUCCACACCGUAUGGGUUGGGACUUCACACAGAGAGGAAGGAGUAGAUAUUGCAUUGGAGCAUAUUCACAACAUACGUGAAGCUCUUCCUGAACUAUGGGAAGCUGUUGAUGACAAAGCCGAGGAGAUUAGAUCCAGGCAAAAGGUCGCCAUUGAAACCAUUGCUUAAACAAACAUUCACUCGCUCAUUUUGCAGCGAAUAGUAACGAAGAUAGCGAGAAAACCACAUAACUAUUCACUCUCUUGAGAGGAAAAAUAAGUGUAAUUUAAAGCU